AUCCUCCCCUUCGCCUCGCUAGUGUAAACCUUUGUGUAACAAAAUUAGAACAACUCGGUGGCUCCCAUCAAAUAUUAAUGGGCAUAGCAGCGAGGGGCAGCACUUUUCAAAAUGUCUAUUCCAGCGGCGCUCCUUGUUGUCGGGCGCUGUGUCAAAAACAAUAUUCCAGCUCAUUUCGGUGGACGCUCAGGGGGCAAUGAGAACGGGGACAUUGUGCGCGUAAGAGAUCACCGUUGUUCACUGAAACCGCCUCAUGUCUGAUUUCAGUGACAGCCCAGCGUUGGAAAAAUUAUUGCAAAUGCCAGUCAGACGGGUAGCUAGGCUGGGUGCUCAGAUUAUGUUGGAAACAAUUGUGCAUCAUAAUCAUGGUGCCAAGACAAAUGCUAAUAGCAUAUAGUAAAAAAACGAACUAUUAGCAUUACGCACAGGUCUAAUACACGUACAUAGGCUACAAAUAGAUUAUUAGUAACACUUGUAAGUAGCAUGUAAUGGUAGCAACAGUGGGGUAUGAGGCUUCUAUAAUAGCAUCAGUAUAAUACUAUUACAAAUGGUCUAUAUUCCCCUCCCUGCCAUAACUAGAGGUUGAAAGCUGAAAGUGGGCCCUUUGUUUGAAUGGCUCUUUGGUUCGAUUCUAUAGGACAGGCUAUUGCACUUCAAAACCUUUUCAGCAAGCUGCAACUGAUUUACGGCGUCCAGAUUGUAUAUGUAUAUCUCUAUAUGGCUCUAUGUAUGUAUGCGUAGGUGUGUCUGAUUAUUGUUUAUCAUUUGUGUCCCAGACAAGGUCGUUAGAAUCCCACGCGUAAGAAACAAGGCAGCACGAGCGCAUCUUCCCGCUCAACAGCAGUGGGAACAAUACAAAUAUAUGGCAGCCAUAUUGAGCCCUUCUCUCACAAAAAGGCGCGACCCUCCAAGAAUACACCAUUCAUAAGCAUAGCCCCUUCUCUCCAGAAUAUUCUCUCGCUUACCUCAAAGUAUUCGUUUUGUUGUGCUACAGCAAACACAUCGAGAUAAAUGUAUUUCCAUCCGGGUUUUUUUGCCAUUUGUUUACAUAAAGAAAAUGGUGGCUCUAUAAUAAUAGUAUUUUGGAGGUAGCUUAAAUUCGAUUGUUGCACUUCCUUUUUACAAUUAUAGAUAGACUACGACGACACUGCUUGCUUCACUCAUUGUAGUAUAAAAACUAUAACGGAAUGUAUGGUACAUAACACUGCAGGCGACAAAAGAUUCACUAGAACACAAAACUUUUCCUGUGGACAAAAAACAAAAGACGUACCAUUAAUCAUUCAUUUGCGCGUAAAUAAGUAACACAUGUAUCUACCACAUAAUAACCAGGACAAGAGGUCCACAAAAAAGCAAUGGGAUUGUUUUAAUAUAUCCAAACAAGAGAGAACUGUUCAUUCUAAAGCCUGUCCUAACCUCGAUCUAACUUAGCUGUAUAAUUGCAAUAUUUGUCAUUGUAAACAAAUAUCGAAAGCUUUAGUUUAAGUUUUACGAAAUGGAAGUCUAACCAUCUAACAUAUCUUGCACUUAUAAAACAUAAGCGUAAUAUGUGUCCUCUUUAUUUCAGUCACAUUGACCACCCUUAGCCAUGAUAUUAAGCAGAAAUUUGACAUAAUAGAUUACACGUAGCCUAAUACAUUUUCGAUGUAAUGUUACUCAACGACUUGCCCAAAAGCUACACAAUAAUUUAGCUCCCCAAACCAUCUAUUAAAAGCAGGUGAAAACACAGCUAAAAUAUCAAUCUAGUGGUCAGAUUAGUCUUAAACUUGAGUCUUAAACUUGAAAACAAUAGCUGUUAUUUCCCCUAAGUUAUAUUACCAGUAUUAUUAUUAUUAUCCUUGUGAGUAGUCUAUUUCAAUCUCCUAAUUCUUUUCAGAGGGCCAUGUAGAUAUUGGUUGGCCAGGUAGGUAUUUCCCCGGCCUCCAGUAAUGCAGGAAUGAUUACCCCUUCGGAAAUAAAUCAAUAUGAAGCCCCGCGCUAAUUUAUAAUGAUCUACAAGAGCAGCAAUUCAAAAGCGCAUGAAAAAUGACCGGUGAAACCGUAUCCAGAGGCUGCAAGGAGAAUUUUCACUCGGUUGAAGAGCAUGCAGGGGAGCGAUAAGAGUACUAAGCCGGAAAUGUUCAGAAGAAAGGCAAGGUUUUCAUGCAGGACUCAAAAUAACUCGGAUACUAUCGUGGCACAUUUGCAUCAGUAUAAUUGAACUUCCCACUAUUCGUGUGGGUAUCUGUACCUCCCUCUCCAUACCUUGUAUCUCUUUCUCUCUCCCCCUUUCUUUCUAUUCCCCUCUCUCCAUUUCUUUCUCUCUCUCUCUCUGUGUGUGUGUGUGUGUUUCUGUGUGUGUGUGUUUCUGUGUGUGUGUGUGUUUGUGUUGUCUGAGCGUAGGCAGAUAACACUCAGACGCAAAAAAAGGAUCAGCCAAGAAACAAAGCCAAGUGCAUCCGACAUAGUCACAAAUUCGAAAACGUAACGAUCUUUACAAAAUGUACAAACGUUAGUGCAAUAAAAACAAUCACAGGGUGAGAGCUUUACAGCACAUCAAGAUAGAGAUCAUGUCUUUUUAUAUCCCCCGCUAUAAUGCACGCCUAUUUCAUUCGUGAAGAACAUACUAUCCGUUAUCCGCCAACCACCCCCAGCCUAAAAAUGAAUUUAACUCUGACAACAAAAUGGCAGUAUCGGAAUGAGGUUGACCACGUUCACCCCUGCAGAAGCCCGCAGGUUGUAAUCGCCAUAUGGCCCGCGUGUCGGCCUCGCAGCCGUGCAGUCAGAUCCCUAUUGGACAGACGAACCCCUUUGCCUUCUCCACCCUGUGUGUCCUGUCAGUCCACUGGUUCAGUAGUUCACCGUGUCAAUCCACCCCGCUCCACGCAAGCAGCUAUAGGCGGAAAAAAAGAGGGAGAGGGUAGAGGUGGAAUCUAUCGCCUGCUGCUGACUGCUAAGCCCGAAGGUAUCGCAUGCAGGGUUCCAAGAGUUCGGAAGUGCAAAGGGUGCUCCAUGUUCGGGAGCACUCGGGCUCGGAAGACCCCGUCGUGUUGAUGGGUGCGCGCGCGCAUGUGUGUUGUGAGCAGUACGUCCUGCUCGCGGUUGAGGAUUUAUAGCUUUCCAAAGCUGCCAUGUAAACUCUCUUAUUUUGUUUAGUUUAGUGGAAAGAUACCAUUACCAAAUUACGCACAACGCAUCCAAGGUCACCAAAAAGCAAAAAACGAUAUAUUCCAGGCGCGUUUACAGUAGAUAAUCCCGCAAACGCCGGUCAAACUGAGCUCGAGAGACCCAGAGAAGUGCUGGAAGUCAGGUAAGGUUUUCAGGCAUCGACUGACGCCGGAUGCUUGGGAUCUUCCCAGUGUCCUAUGCUUCUCUGUAGACAAGUCAUUAAUUAUCCGUUGUGUGACCCAUCUUUGGGUGUGCCUGAGCUCGCAAACUUUUGUGUUUUCGAAUAGCCGAAGACAGAUGCCUUCGAAUAGGUAACCGAGGAAGGCUAAAGGGCGACUCGCUCCCCUCUCUCUCUUUUCCCUCACCCGCUCUCCAUUCUCUCCCUUUCAGUGCAUUUUUUUUUUUACCUCUCCCUGCCUGUCGCCCUUCUUCUUCUUUCUACUUCUCUGUCAAGCAUUAAUAUCUGGGCUCCCACACCCCCAUUUAAAAGUUGACUCAUUGCGUAAAGUGCGGUGCAUCUAAUGUUUAGAGAGUGGAGUGGGGGGACUCGCGGUGUGGGGUGAGCCGUGAAUGGAUCUGAUGGCUAGGUGUAAAAAGAAGAUGCAUGUGCUCCUGAUUUAUGACCGUGUGAAGGGAUUGCUUACUCUAGCUGCUCCCAAUUUAGCCUCGGCAUUUCUGUCUCCCUAGGAAUCCAAAUGUACUAUCAAGCCCAUCACGACGGGCUCUCGUUGUUAUUAUUUUCAUUAUUGCUGUUUGUGGAACAACCUGUGCGCCACACAAACCUACGCAUGGCGUUUUAGACUAUGUGAAGUAACGUAGAUUAGCGCUAUUAAUUCGAACACGACCUGGAGGGUUCAUGGGCAAUUGAGAGAUAUUGUCUUUCAUACUGUAACUGCUAACCUCUAGGCGUGUAAAAUAGAAGGUGUUCUAGUAAAAUAGAACAUGUUGACUUCAGAGUACCUCGAGAGCUCACUGAUAAUAGUAAGAUAGGCAUUUAGAGGCCCUCUGUGAGCCUAUACCGUAAUUGCUAAUUUGGCUUCCCAUGCGUCUCGGUCUGAACAUCUGCAAACACCAAAUACUUCGAGUCGAUUAAAUAUAUUGUUUCUGUUCUAAAUUACACAUCCGCGAAAUAUUGAGAUAGAUAAAGGCAUAUGGCGCACAACAUGUGCUAAUGUUACAAGAAUAUGAAAAUAAAUGGUGUUAAAGGACUUAGUACAGCAAGAGAUACAGUAAAUUAAAUCAUACUAUUACAUGCAAUGUCAACUUUGCACAAUGUAAAACCAUUGUAAACCGAUGAUCUGCAACUGCCAUUUUACAAGUACACUGUUGUAAACACAUUAUCUAUGCAAGCGUUAUCUAGACUACCCUCGAGAUGAACACGAGCAAGGUGUCAGGGAAAGACAUUCUACAAGGCACGUGGACUUGCAACUAUAUAGGAAGCAAUGACGCUACACGAACAUCACGCCAACUAUUGCUUCUUUAACCUACAAGAAGUAGUUGCGCGUAAAGGAAAGCCAGACAAUAGCCACCCACAUAUGUGGGACACCUGUGUUCUUGUUGUUGUUUGUUUUUUUCCUUUUUUUUUCAUUAUUAUGUGUACCUGUUUGACAUUUUACUGCAUUGUUGGGAGCUAAUAACAUACGCAUUACGCUGCACCCGCUCUAACAUCUGCUAAACUGUGUACGCGACCGAUACACUUUGAUUUGAACCUGGUCCAUUGGUCAUCUCAGUACAUGACGACCAUGUUUUGACAAUACCACGAUACUUCUAUAAAACACAUUUACUUCUAUGGACUCACUUUGUCUAUAGGCUCUACUGCAUAUCAACCAUUAGUUGGAUAGCUCGGGUGGAAAUCAUGACCUGGCAGUUUGUGCGUCAUGGGAUGGAAAACUGAAUGAAACCACAAAAGUCUAAGUGGCCAUGAUUUAAUUGAUUUUAUCAUACAUCACUGACAAUAUAGGCAAGCUCCAAUGGAAAAAGGGACAGUAAAACUCCUGUGUGUCAGUAUAUAAUAUCUGACAGCUGUGGACAGCGUCCAUAUGACCUUUAUGCAAGUUAUUUGCUAUAGUGGCAUCUGCUUAAGACGCCUUGGAUCACUCUGCAACACAACAAUCAUUAGCAUCAUCUCUGAAGCAUAUUAAAUGUCAAAAAGGUACUAUGAAAAUCUAAACGUUUAAUUGAAGUCGUUUUUCUAUUGAAUUAUAGGUCCAGGUUCCAGUAAAACCUUGUAGGACUAAAUCUAACCAUUCAUUCACUAAAAGCCUGGUCACACCACCCCAUCCUCACAUGUCAAAUUGGUGAGGUUGGCACUUUUUAGUUCCCUGGAACAGAAAGGGUCCUGUGACCUAUAAAGGCCCCCAACCCCAACCGUCUCCAAGUCAGUGUCCUCUUUGAAUUCUCGGUUAAAGAUUACCACCUAGAGCCCUUCUCUCAUAAAGAUUAACCCUGAUCUCUCAAUGAAACUAGCUGAUGGAAGGGAUUCCUGGUUGAGCAUUUAGAACAUGAAGAUGUUCUAUGUUCUGCAACCAAAAGACAAUAAGCUAAAGUCCCUCAUAUGCAGAGAAGUCAGUGGCACUGAUGCCAUAGCAAGGCAUCCAUUUCUUCACUCCCCAUUGGCACCUCUCUCUCUCCAUUCGCACCUUCAACAAAUGAGGUGAACAAAUGAAAUAAACACUUAGUAAAUGUAGCUAUAACACCACCAUCAAAACGUAACCUAAUGACAUUCACUCUAAAAGCACAACGAGCUCAUCUUGCAUAAACAUAUUUGCCAUUGUUUCUUAUUCAAACACUAGCACACCACUUCUGAACUUGCGUAGGUUCCCUUGCGCAAUCACAACUAGCUCCACGGGAUACAGACGUAACGCUCAGGUCACCGGGCCUCAAAUGGGAGUUGAAUUGUAAUCCGGAGAUCUUUAGUGGAGCGCUAUCUGCGUGGGUGUAAAACCAUGCCCCCUUGCUCCACCCGUCGCCCAGUGAGCGGUGCAGAAACCCUUUUUAUCACCCAAAGAUUCAUCCCCACCGGUCUCUCUCACCAAGUCCAUGGUGUUGAAAGUCUCAUGUCAUCCGGCAGAAUGGGAGAGAAAAUAAGAUGUAUCAUGUCUCUCUUCGUUUAGAACAAUUUGUCAUUUGCCAUUUCGGAAGCCAGUCGUUAGACCUCAUUGCAUUUCAAGGUGGCAGAAUUCGGAGAAUGGACCCGAUGAAAACUACACCCUCCCAGAGAUUGGGAGAAAAAUUAUAAUUUUGGGGGUGGGUGGUGCCUUGCAAAAUGAGGCAAAAGUCAGAGAAGCAACCAAUCCGGAAAAUGUGAAGGAAAAUAUAUUUCUCCGUCGUUUUGGAGGCAUCAAACAAGGGGGGAAGAGUAGCCACAAUUCGAUGAAAACCAGAGUAUGUUGAGCUACGCGCAUCACGUGAGCGCAAGAUACCGGGGCAUUAUUUUGGAUUUGGAAAGGACCUUAUUGUUGCUUGCUGGCUGUGUUUUCGCUCAGUCACUAACUCUGCUGUUAAACAACUGCCUGGUAAUUACACAACAAAUGGGAUGUUGAUGUUUCGCUGACUUCCAGAAGCCCAUGCGGGCUCUUUGAAAGCCUUGGACAGCAAGGCCCGGAUUAAUACAUAAAUAUAAUACAUUAAGAGAGGACUCCAAAGUAGACUUCUUCCGGUGAUUGAUCAUUCAUCUGUUCCCUCAAGCCUUCAGGAAGCUAUAUUCUUGCAUAAAAUUCAGUUAUAAGAAACAACAUAAUCCCGGUCAGCUUCCAAGAGUCAUUUGGAAAGAGACCGUCACGUGACAUCUGGUGCCAAUGUUCUUCCAGAAGGUCGUCAGGACCCUGGUAGCCGGUAACUCCACUUUUGGAAAUGCAGAAAACGACCUACUACGACAACUCGACGCUUUUCGGAGGUUACUCGUACCAAGGGGCCAACGGCUUCGGCUAUGAUGCUCCUCAACCGGCCUUCCAGUCCGCGGCUCACCUCGAAGGCGACUACCAGAGGUCCGCUUGCUCGCUGCAGUCCCUCGGUGGCAACAGCGCUCCUCCCCAGCAGCAUGCCAAGACGAAAGAGCUGAAUGGCAGCUGUAUGCGGCCCAGCCUGCCACCUGAACACCAACCACCCCCCCAGGUGUCCCCUCCCGUCAUCCCCGCCAACGCCACCAGCAGCAGUGCCACCGCCACCAGCAGCAGUGCCACCGCGCAGCAGCCGGGAGGCAGCGGCGGGGCCGCCAAAUCAGCGCCCAAGACGUACACUCUGUCCACCAACCCCACCCUCAACAAGCAGAUCUUCCCCUGGAUGAAAGAGUCGAGGCAGAAUACUAAGCAAAAAAACAGCUCUCCAAGCGCAAGUUCAGCUAACGCGGAGAGCAGCGGAGGUGAAAAAAGCCCCCCGGGUUCCGCAGCCUCAAAGAGAGCGCGCACCGCGUACACGAGCGCGCAGCUGGUGGAGCUAGAAAAGGAGUUCCAUUUCAACCGUUACCUGUGUAGGCCUCGCCGCGUGGAAAUGGCCAACUUGCUCAACCUCAGCGAGCGCCAGAUCAAGAUUUGGUUCCAGAACCGGCGUAUGAAGUACAAAAAGGAUCAGAAAUGUAAAGGGCUGGGCUCUUCAUCAGGGGGCCCCUCUCCAACCGGAAGCCCACCCCUACCCAUGCAGUCCUCAGCUGGCUUCAUGAACUCCAUGCAUUCCAUGGCAGGCAACUACGACGCCCCCUCCCCGCCAUCUUUUAACAAGUCCCAUCAAAACGCCUAUGCCAUGUCCUCAGCCUACCAAAACCCCAUGAAAAGCUGCCCCUCCCAACAGAAGUAUGCCAACACAGCACCAGAAUACGACCCGCACGGGCUACAGGGUAACAGUGGCAACUAUGGAACUCCCAACAUGCAGGGCAGCCCCGUGUAUGUGGGAGGAAACUACGUGGAGUCGAUGCCCACCUCUGGGCCGUCCAUGUACGGCCUCAAUCAUCUACCACACCACCAGGCUGGGAACAUGGACUACAACGGUGCCACGCAGAUGUCAGCAAGCCAACACCACGGACCGUGCGACCCCCACCCGACAUACACAGAGCUGGCAGCCCACCAUCCUUCUCAGGGUAGAAUCCAGGAAGCUCCCAAGUUAACUCAUCUGUAGUAGCAGGUUUGGGGAAAAAACUAAAUGACAACUACAAUUAACUAACCCAUGGGACGCUGCAAUGGGGUUGAAAAAAAAUAUGAUCCAGUGGUUUCUUGCCAUGGCCAAAAAAGUAUUGUCUGUUGUCUUUAUCAUUGUGCGUAUUAGUAACAUUCACUUGAAUUGCGUUUUGGUUAACGUUUUAUUUCCUUGAAUAUGGAGCUCUCCCUCGAAAACAAGUAAUGAAACAGUAAUCGUUGGGUUUAAUGGAACAGCUAACACGGCAGGGGGUUUAUUACUGUCAGACCUUUUUGACUCGGCGAAACACAUGUUAUGUCAACGUGGAUUUAUGUUAAGCCUGCGUCCUUGCAGUCAGCACAAAUGGCUAACCUUGACUGACGUCAAUAUGCAUUCUUCAAUUGGUGCAAGCAAACCACUGGAUUGUUUUCGAUUACUUCCCUUAUUCAUAUUACCUCUCUUUGGAAAUGUCUCACUAACCCACUGUGCAGUGACAUUUUUUUUUAUUUUUUACAUGUCCUCGCCAAACAUUGUGGCUUCAAGGGAAGAGCUCCUUCAGCAUCGCGCAGAUGCAUCGUAAGCCUACACCCCCCACUUAUGGUGUUUAGGUUCACAUUGCUAUGCUAUGCUAGCUAACGUCCAUAAACAAUCACAAACACACGCGCGAGGACAUUAAAUUGAUAUUUGUUACGUUGUUAUAUCAUCAUCACAGGGUAAAAAGGAGUUGAGAACUCUUUUGACAACUAUGAUAGGCUCCCCCCCCCCCCACCGCUCUCUCCCUUUUCUCUAUCGCUCCCUGCUCUCGCUCUCCCAACUCUCUAUCACUCUCUCUCGUUCAAUCUAUAGGGUUCACUUACAUUAGCCAAGACUAAUGCGAAAGGCUCACAAUUUCUCAUGUCUUGACUUAACGUGGAAACAGGGUAUAUUUGAACAAAAUGCAUGUCCGGGAACCAAGCUGAAGUGUAGGUUUACACUAAUGCUUUCUCGUCUGGGCAUCAUUGUUGCACUUAGAGUUUACAUUUUGAUGGUUAAGGGAAAAAAUACAUCUUAUUUUGGAAACGGAAGACGUCCAAUCAGCGUCUUUCUCAAUGUAUGUUCAAGUGAACAUUCAUAAAUAUAUAUUUAUUUGUUAUAGCCAGUUUAAAUACUUUCUUUUUGUAUUAUUUAUCCCCCAUGUAUUUAUAUCAAGAAAAAGUGUAAUUUUUUAGUAUUUACCUGUUAUAAAGACGUUGUGUUCUUGUCAUUGUAACGAAUACAUUUUAGUUAUUGUAUUUUAGAAAUAAAUAGUUUUAUGUUACCCUUGUACGUAAAUAAUGUCUUGACUUGUACAGGGGUCAGCGAGGACGGAAUCAGACCGUUCCUGCAUAGUCGAGAAUUAGACGAAAUAUAGCUGAACACUUUUGGAGAACUUCCUUUGUCCUUUGUAGCUCCUUUUAUUUCAUUGUUAAGAGUUGUCUGUUGAACAAUUCUUUAAUAAAAUGUUAUGUUAUUCA